GCCGCGCAGCCCGGCUCCUACCAGGCGCUGAGCGCGCAGGCCGCCCGGGAGCCGGCCGCCUUCUGGGGGCCGCUGGCGCGCGACACGCUAGUGUGGGACACCCCCUACCACACGGUCUGGGACUGCGACUUCAGCAGCGGCAAGAUCGGCUGGUUCCUGGGAGGCCGGUUAAAUGUGUCUGUCAACUGCCUGGAUCAGCACGUUCAGAAGUCCCCGGAGAGCGUCGCUUUGAUCUGGGAGCGAGACGAGCCUGGAACUGAAGUGAGGAUCACCUACAGGGAACUGCUGGAGACCACAUGCCGCCUGGCCAACACGCUGAAGAGGCAUGGAGUCUGUCGAGGGGACCGUGUGGCCAUUUAUAUGCCUGUGUCCCCACUAGCUGUGGCUGCAAUGCUGGCCUGUGCCAGGAUCGGAGCCGUCCACACAGUUGUCUUUGCUGGCUUCAGUGCGGAGUCCUUGGCUGGGAGAAUCAAUGAUGCCAAGUGCAAGGUGGUUAUCACCUUCAACCAGGGGAUCCGGGGAGGACGAGUGGUAGAGCUGAAGAAGAUAGUGGAUGAAGCUGUGAAGUACUGCCCAACUGUCCAGCACGUCCUGGUGGCUCACAGGACGGAAAACAAGGUCCACAUGGGCGACCUGGACAUCCCUCUCGAGCAGGAAAUGGCCAAGGAGGACGCUGUUUGCACCCCAGAGAGCAUGGGCAGCGAGGACAUGCUCUUCAUGCUAUACACCUCUGGGAGCACCGGGAUGCCCAAGGGACUUGUCCACACCCAGGCAGGCUACCUGCUGUAUGCUGCGCUGACACACAGGCUUGUGUUUGAUUACCGGCCAGGCGACAUCUUUGGCUGUGUGGCCGACAUCGGCUGGAUCACAGGACACAGCUACGUAGUGUACGGGCCCCUCUGCAAUGGAGCGACCAGCGUCCUUUUUGAGAGCACCCCGGUUUACCCUGAUGCUGGUCGGUAUUGGGAGACAGUACAGAGGUUAAAGAUCAAUCAGUUCUACGGUGCCCCAACGGCUGUCCGGCUGUUGCUGAAGUACGGCGAUGCCUGGGUGCGGAAGUACGACCGCUCCUCCCUGCGGACCCUGGGGUCAGUGGGAGAGCCAAUCAACCUCGAGGCCUGGGAGUGGCUCCACAAUGUGGUGGGGGACAGCAGAUGUACGCUGGUGGACACCUGGUGGCAGACAGAAACGGGUGGCAUCUGCAUAGCGCCACGGCCCUCAGAAGAAGGAGCAGAAAUCCUCCCCGGCAUGGCAAUGAGGCCCUUUUUUGGCAUCAUCCCGGUUCUCAUGGAUGAGCAGGGGAACGUCGUGGAGGGCGGCGAUGUCUCAGGGGCUCUGUGCCUCUCCCAGGCCUGGCCGGGCAUGGCCAGGACCAUCUACGGAGACCACCAGAGAUUCCUGGACACCUACUUCAAGGCUUAUCCAGGCUACUACUUUACUGGAGAUGGGGCUCACCGAACCGAGGGCGGCUAUUACCAGAUCACAGGGCGGAUGGACGAUGUCAUCAACAUCAGUGGCCACCGGCUGGGCACCGCGGAGAUCGAGGAUGCGAUGGCUAACCACCCCGCAGUGCCAGAGACCGCUGUCAUUGGCUACCCCCACGACAUCAAAGGAGAAGCCGCAUUUGCCUUCAUCGUGUUGAGAGACAAUGCAGGUGACUCUGACGUGGUAGUGAAUGAGCUCCGGUUAGCAGUGGCUACCAAGAUUGCCAAGUAUGCCGUGCCUGAUGAGAUCCUGGUAGUAAAACGUCUUCCAAAAACUCGGUCUGGAAAAGUAAUGCGGCGGCUUCUGAAGAAGAUAAUCACAGGCGGUGCUCAGGAUCUGGGGGACAUCACCACCCUGGAGGACCCCAGUGUCAUCAGAGAAAUACUGAGUGCCUACCAGAAGUACAAAGACAAGAGGGCUGCUGCUCAUUGAUGGGCUCUUUGACCAAGCCCCAGUGCCCAAGCCCCAACUGUCCUAGAACAGAGCUCUUAAGCUGGCUUAUUCCUAGACAUCCCAGAAGCAGUCCUCCCCCAGCACGUAAUCCACACUGUCCCUAAGGUGAAGUCUGUGCUAAAAUUCCUUCCUUCCUUCUGUUGGAGAACCCAUGAAGAGGUACCAUCAGACAUGGUUAGUAUUUGUUCCACUGUCCUGAACUUGGUUUCGUCGAAUGAAAAGUCAUUGUCAGCCGUUUCUGUGUCCUCUCCAGACAAUACAGGAAGAAGAAACACCUGGUAAAGUGAGCCUGCUCAGAUGACUGAGAAUUAGAGGCAACCAUGUUUUCCCAAAUGUUUCUAGAUACAAAAGGCAGAGGUUUUAUUUUUAUACUUUUAUAUUUUUGAAUAAUAACGUACACACACACAAGUAAUGAGUGGCUUUACUUGUACACAUUCUUUUUAACAUUUAGAAAUAUGAAAAUCACCUUUUUUGCCUCUGCUCAUGGGGAGAUGUGGAGAGGAUCAGAAGUUGCACUUUUAAUUAUUGUUUGGCAUAUUUGGAAGUCUGAAUUGGAAAUAUUUGUACCUCUGUCUAAACACAGCUAUCUUGAGAACUUUCAA